CCUGACGCGGUAGGUGCUGACUGUCCGCACGGGCCCGCCGUUGGAUUCCUCCCCAUCAUCUUUGGUCGGAAGAUAAGACUGCAUGGUUCCGUAGGCUGGGAAACACAUACACACGCACACAACGCCUAAAGAGCCGCAGCUGCUCCAUCCCCGUCAACUUUUCUCACCCAAAGGACCUGCAUGUCUAAUAUUUAGACAUGUUCAGCUUUGUGGAUUCACGGACUGUUUUGCUACUUGUAGCAACCCAACUUGUAUUACUAUCCAUUGUAAGAUGUCAACAGGAGGAUGACCAGGGGCUCGGUGCAAAGGGACAGAAAGGUGAACCAGGAGAUAUUACCGAUGUUGUAGGACCAAGAGGACCAUCAGGCCCCAUGGGCCCCCCAGGAGAGCAGGGGUCGCGAGGCGACAAAGGACCUAAGGGUGACAGGGGAAGCGUUGGACCAAGAGGCAGAGAUGGUGAACCAGGCACCCCCGGAAACCCAGGACCUGCCGGACCCCCUGGCCCCCCUGGACUUGGAGGAAACUUUGCUGCUCAGAUGGCUGGUGGUUUUGAUGAGAAGGCUGGAGGCGCUCAGAUGGGAGUGAUGCAGGGACCCAUGGGACCUAUGGGACCACGUGGACCUCCUGGACCUUCUGGAUCUCCUGGCCCCCAAGGUUUCCAAGGCCCCGCUGGUGAAGCUGGAGAGCCCGGCCCCGCUGGAGCUCUUGGACCCCGUGGACCCCCUGGACCUCCCGGAAAAUCAGGAAGUGAUGGAGAGGCUGGCAAACCUGGCAAGGCUGGAGAGCGUGGACCCACUGGACCUCAGGGAGCUCGUGGAUUCCCAGGAACACCCGGACUUCCCGGAAUCAAGGGACACAGAGGACACCCCGGUGUGGAUGGAGCCAAGGGAGAGGGUGGUGCUGCUGGAGCUAAGGGCGAGGGUGGUGCUCCCGGUGAGAAUGGCGCUCCUGGACCUAUGGGCCCCCGUGGUCUGCCUGGCGAGAGAGGACGUCCCGGACCUGCUGGAGCUGCUGGUGCCCGUGGUAACGAUGGUCUGCCUGGUCCUGCUGGUCCCCCUGGACCCGUUGGCCCUGCUGGUGCCCCAGGUUUCCCCGGAUCUCCAGGUUCCAAGGGUGAAGCUGGUCCUACUGGUGCCCGUGGUGCUGAGGGAGCUCAGGGUGCCCGUGGUGAGGCUGGUACCCCUGGAUCUCCUGGACCUGCUGGUGCUGGCGGUAACCCUGGUACUGAUGGUAUCCCCGGAGCUAAGGGAUCUGCUGGUGCUUCUGGUAUUGCUGGCGCUCCUGGCUUCCCCGGACCCCGUGGCCCACCAGGACCUCAGGGAGCUACUGGACCUCUCGGACCCAAGGGAACUUCUGGUGAUCCUGGUGUCCCAGGAUUCAAGGGAGAGGCUGGACCCAAAGGAGAGCGCGGUAUUGCUGGUCCCCAAGGCGCACCCGGACCAUCUGGAGAGGAGGGCAAGAGAGGAGCAAGAGGAGAGCCCGGCGCCGCCGGCCCACUUGGACCUCCUGGAGAGAGAGGAGCCCCUGGUAACCGUGGAUUCCCCGGUCAGGAUGGUCUUGCUGGUGCCAAGGGAGCUCCUGGAGACCGUGGUGUUGCAGGUGGAGCUGGGCCUAAGGGAGGCACUGGCGACCCUGGUCGCGCUGGAGAGCCCGGCCUUCCCGGAGCCAGAGGUCUCACUGGUCGUCCUGGAGAUGCUGGUCCUCAGGGCAAAGUCGGACCUGGUGGAUCCGCAGGAGAGGAUGGCCGUCCCGGACCCCCUGGUCCCCAGGGAGCUCGUGGCCAGCCUGGAGUCAUGGGAUUCCCCGGACCCAAGGGAGCUAACGGAGAGCCUGGAAAGACUGGAGAGAAGGGACUUGUUGGAGCCCCUGGUCUGAGAGGUCUGUCUGGAAAGGAUGGUGAGACUGGACCCUCUGGUCCCCCUGGACCUGCUGGCCCUGCUGGAGAGAGGGGAGAACAGGGUCAGGCUGGACCUUCUGGCUUCCAGGGUCUGCCCGGACCUACUGGUGCCCCUGGUGAGGCUGGCAAGCCUGGUGACACGGGAGUUCCUGGAGAGGCUGGACCCAAUGGUGCCGCUGGACCAAGAGGCGAGCGUGGUUUCCCUGGUGAGAGAGGAGGUGCUGGGGCUCAGGGUCUGCAGGGACCCCGUGGUCUUCCUGGAACUCCCGGAACUGAUGGACCCAAGGGCGCUAUUGGACCUGCUGGAAAUGCCGGUGCCCAGGGACCUCCUGGUCUGCAGGGAAUGCCCGGUGAGAGAGGAGCUGGUGGCAUCUCUGGAGCCAAGGGUGACAGAGGUGACAACGGAGAGAAGGGACCUGAGGGUGCUCCCGGAAAGGAUGGCUCAAGAGGUUUGACUGGCCCCAUUGGUCCUCCUGGUCCAUCUGGCCCCAACGGAGCUAAGGGAGAGAAUGGUCCUAUUGGUGCAACUGGAGCCGCUGGAGCCCGUGGUGCCCCUGGUGACCGUGGUGAGUCUGGUCCUCCCGGACCUGCUGGAUUUGCUGGACCUCCUGGUGCUGAUGGUCAGCCUGGAGCCAAGGGUGAGCUGGGUGAGGGUGGACAGAAGGGAGAUGCUGGAGCCCCUGGAGCUCAGGGACCCUCUGGAGCCCCCGGACCUGUGGGACCUACUGGUGUGUUUGGACCUAAAGGAGCUCGUGGUGCCCAGGGUGCUCCCGGUGCUACUGGAUUCCCUGGAGCUGCUGGACGUGUUGGACCUCCAGGCCCUAACGGAAACCCUGGUCCCUCUGGUCCCCCUGGAGGUGCUGGCAAGGACGGUCCUAAGGGAGUGCGCGGUGACGCCGGUCCCCCAGGAAGAGCAGGAGACGCUGGACUGCGUGGACCCGCCGGUGCCCCCGGAGAGAAGGGAGAGCCUGGAGAGGAUGGUCCCUCUGGUGUUGAUGGUCCUCCUGGCCCAGCUGGUCUUGCUGGUUCUCGUGGUAUCGUUGGUCUGCCUGGACAGCGUGGUGAGAGAGGCUUCCCCGGACUUCCCGGACCUUCUGGUGAGCCAGGCAAACAGGGAUCUCCUGGUGGUGCUGGUGACCGUGGACCCCCUGGACCCGUUGGACCCCCUGGAUUGAGUGGACCCGCUGGAGAGACCGGAAGAGAGGGUAACCCUGGUGCUGAUGGACCUCCUGGUAGAGAUGGAUCUGCUGGAGUGAAGGGAGAGCGUGGUAACACUGGACCUAUUGGUGCCCCUGGAGCCCCCGGCGCCACUGGCGCUCCUGGAGCCGUCGGACCCCUGGGCAAACAGGGAGACAGAGGAGAGUCUGGUGCCCAAGGACCCGCUGGACCCCCCGGAGCUGCUGGAGCAAGAGGCAUGGCUGGACCCCAAGGACCCCGCGGUGACAAGGGAGAGUCUGGCGAGGCCGGAGAGAGGGGACAGAAGGGACACAGAGGAUUCACCGGUCUGCAGGGUCUGCCUGGACCUCCCGGUCCCGCUGGAGAUGCUGGUGCUGCCGGACCUGCUGGACCUGCCGGAGCUAAGGGACCUGCUGGAGCAGUUGGAAUUUCUGGAAAGGAUGGAAAUAAUGGACAGCCUGGACCCAUCGGACCCGCCGGACCUCGUGGACGCUCUGGCGAGACUGGCCCUGCUGGUCCUCCCGGUAACGCUGGACCUCCUGGACCUCCUGGUCCCCCAGGCCCUGGCAUCGACAUGUCCGCCUUCGCUGGCCUGGGCCAGGGUGAGAAGGGACCCGACCCCCUGAGGUACAUGCGCGCUGACGACCCAUCCAGCUCCGUCAGGCAACACGACCUGGAGGUGGACUCCACGCUCAAGUCCAUCACCAACCAGCUGGAGGACAUGCGCAGCCCCGACGGUACCCGCAAGAACCCCGCACGCUCCUGCAGAGACCUCAAGCUCUGCCACCCCGAAUGGAAGAGCGGCGACUACUUUGUGGACCCCAACUUGGGCAGCACGGCCGAUGCCAUCAAGGUCUUCUGCAACAUGGAGACUGGUGAGACCUGUGUCUACCCCAACACCCCCAGCAUCCCACGCAAGAACUGGUGGAGCAGCAAGAGCAAGACGAACAAGCACGUCUGGUUCGGCGAGACCAUGAAUGGUGGAUUCCACUUCAGCUAUGCUGAUGACAACCUGCCCGGCAACACCGCCAACAUCCAGCUGACCUUCUUGAGGCUGCUGUCCACGGAAGCCACCCAGAACAUCACCUACCACUGCAAGAACAGCAUCGCCUACAUGGACCAGGCGGCAGGCAACCUGAAGAAGGCUGUGCUGCUGCAGGGCUCCAACGACAUCGAGAUCAGAGCCGAGGGCAACAGCCGCUUCACAUACAGUGUCGUGGAGGAUGGUUGCAAGAAACACACAGGCCAGUGGGGCAAGACAGUGAUCGAGUACAAGACUCAGAAGACGUCUAGGCUGCCCGUUGUGGACAUUGCUCCCAUGGACAUUGGAGGUGCUGACCAGGAGUUUGGAGUGGACAUUGGAGCCGUCUGCUUCUUGUAAAGUGGAAUAACAAGAGCAAAAGAAACACAAACGAUAUGAAAAGAAGUCCAUUAAAGAAGCAAUACACACUUUCUAAAUGAAGACAAUGGAAGACAGGAAAAGACAUUAAAAUUGAUUUGAUACUUUUUCCUCCAAACAUAAAGUUGUGCUCUCCAAGUUUGUGCGCCUAGGAUAUCGGCACUGAGUGACACCAGAAGUAUGGGUUUGUAGUUCCACUGAGCGGCACCAGAAAAAUCCCCGGCAGACCCGCCCCCUCUGACAUCAAUCAUGUUUCUCAAAGAUCACGCGUUCCCGAUGGCCGUCAGGGAGAGAUGGAAACAACAGACGAACAUGAGAAAGGGAAAGAAGCAACGAAACAUGGCUGGAUGUCAACCCUUAUACCCCAACACAGUGCGGGAAGGGGCCCACAGAACUGGGUGCGUUUGAUUGGAUACCACAAAGGCCCCUCCCACUAAAGAACAACAGGAUCCACCCAGUUCUCUACAGCCCCUCCCUGUCUUUCUAGAAUGAUGUAAAAAGUUCAGGUGUUCCUAAAAUCUACCAACUAGGAAAAAAACAUUUACUGUGUAUUAUAAAACCUUGGUUCUAUUGUUGUAAAAGUCUGUGUUUCAUCCAGAUACUGAUUUAUAUAUUUCCAUGUUUAUGUGAGUGUGUGUAUGCAUGUGUCUGUGUGCACGCCAACACUUUUUGGGAAGUGCCGUUUAAGUACAGUUUUUAAUUUGGGAGGUUUUGGGUUAGGAGUGUGAUUGAUAUUUUUAAUUUCCCCUUGACAGCCCUUGUUAGGAACUCUGUUUUUAUCCUUUCAACACACAACCAAAGAAUUGCUUAAUAAAUUUGGAAAAUAUGUCUGUUUACUUUUAGUUUUAUUACCCUCAUUUUUUAUUUUGAUUUUUUUGUUUUAUUUUGUGGGUUAUUCUGUUUUUGAAGCUACCUCGCGCUGACAAAACAAAAAAGUAUGAAUGUCAGCCUGAGGUGAGGCUGAACAUUGCAUGAGCCUAGUUGACACGAGCCCCCUUCCCACUUCCCACCCACCCCAACCCACCCCACUCUUUCAUACGGUGCUAUGACUUUUUCAAAACAAAACAAAUGACCACCCUUUUUUUUUAGAGGUCCCAGAAUCCCCCUCUUCCCUACUUGCCUCACACUGCACACACACACCCUGCGCUGGGAGUAAAAGGAACAGUCUGGAAUGAUCAGAGGAACGAGGGGCCUCCUCUGACACAUGCCAAGAUUGACACCCGCCUGUCCAUCCCCUCCCACACACAGCUCCCAGUACAGCCUCCCACUCUCCAAGAGCCAGGGUGUGUCUCUAAGUGUGAGGGUGUGUAUAUUUUUUGUUAUUAAUAUUAUUAUGAUCAUGAUCAUUUUUUUAUUUUUGUUUUUCUUUUUUUUCUGUUUGGGGAGGGUUUUGAUUUUGUUUUGUUACGGUUUAAUUAAUGUAAAUUGGAAAAUAAAGUAAAAAAA